AUGGCACAACAACAUCGGGAAAAUAUGUGGUAAGUUGACUUUGGUUAUUUACAGCUAAGUAUUUAAGGCAAUCCUACAAGUAUUUUUUGUGUAUAUGUUCAGGAGAGAUCGAUUUGUGAGGGAACUGGAAAAUGAUGAGAUUAAUCGCCAGCUUUGUGCCGUGGACACAUUUUCUUGGUCCCCUGAAACUCAAGAGGAGAUUCUUGCGGAAUGGAAUGAUUGGCAACACGAUGAAACGGCUUCGACAGAACCAAGUUUGUGUUGUGAUGAAUGUGGUCGCGUAUUUACGCGUUCGGACAACCUGAACCGACAUAUGAAAUCUCACAGUGACAAAAACCACGAGUGUUCGCGUUGUCGCAAAAAGUUUAAUCGAAAGGUAUGUAAUUUACAGGGAUAUAUUUCAAAACAUAUUAAAACAUUUUGAGCUAAUAGUAUUUAUAUGAUUUCAAGGAUGCUUUGAACCGACACAUGAAAACUCACAGUGACAAAGAUCACGAGUGUUCGCGUUGCCACAAAACGUUUAAUCGGAAGGUACGUAAUUUACAGGGAUAUAUUUCAAAACAUGGUAAACUAUUUUGAGCUAAUAAUAUCUACUUAUAUUAUUUCAAGGAUGCUUUGAACCGGCAUGUGAGAAUGCACGAACAACGAAGAGCCCAAAGGGAAUAUACUUGCAAUAUCUGCGGUGAGGUGUUCCGCAAUAUAUCCCCCUUACAAGCCCAUCAACACGAUGUCCAUCAAGUUGGUCGUGGGAAGCGUACGAAGACGCCGACCCGGCGAACAAAAAGGCAAAGAACUGAUGAACCAGGUAUGUAUAAAUGAAAAUAUUUUGAUUACUAACUUUGUAUUUAUACAUAUAUAUUUUUUCUUUUAAGAACCGCCGUCAUCUUCGACACGCGUUAACGAAGGUAAGAGAGUAUAUAUGCUGUGUAAUAAUUUGGGUUAAAAUCACACUAAUACAUUUUUUUCCCUUUUCAGGUGCUUCCACGUCUACAGUCGUCAGCGAAGGUAAGAAAUUCAUAUUUUUAUACCGUAUAUAGUAUAUUGAUUGUGGUGAUUUGAUGAAUAUAUGAACAAUGUUAAUUACUCGCAACCUCGGUUUUAAAACAUUGCCUGAAAUCCUAACGUUUACAUUUGAAAAAUAUUUUCAUGCUGUUUUCAUGUUGUUUCACUGAUGUUUGUGUUUUGAAAACCUGAUAAACAUAAUCGAGUAAUCUUUAAGCGUGGGUUUAUAGCGUGGACUGUUCCUAAUCAUUCAUAUUAGACUUAUGUUCAUUUGCUUUAGAACAAUUAAUUUAUAUCAUUGUACGAGCAUUUAAGCUACAUCAUUUUUAUAACAUUCGCUAGCGUUUUAUAGUGAGGUAAAAAUAAUCAAGUAAUUUUUAUAGCGUGGGUUUAUAGUGUGGAAUGUUCCUAAUCAUUCAUGUUAGACUUAUGUAACAUUCGCUAGCGGUUUAUAGUGAGGUAAAAGUAAUUUUGGUUGCGUGGGUUUAUCAUGUUGCUAUGUGAAAUUUGCAUGUUCCUAAUGUAUUCAUGUUAGACUUAUGUAAAUUUUUUAUGAAUCGGGUGUUUGUAUGACAAAAUUAGUGCGAAGCUCUAGACAAAAAUAAAGAAUCGGGUGUUAUUUCUAUAGGACCCCAAGAGUUCCCCCAGGAUCCCCAAUUACCACCAUCCAACCUGCCUUCCCAACUUCACCGAGACCAUUGGCGUGCUAUACGUACGCGACAAAGCCGAGGCAAUCGAGUGCAAGAUUGAUACAACUAUCGUCUAAGCUCAGCGAAUAUGGGUCAACUUGUCAACGAUAUAGCCCGUAUAUUUGAAGAUUAAACCACGGUCUUUAAGUUAAAUCUCUCCUUUGGUUUCGUAUUGUUUAAUAACGAGACGGCAACAAAUGCAAUACCACCACCCCUCAGCUAACAACAACCGUGUCUUCGACUCCCCAUUCCAGAUUAAUAACCGCGAGGAUUUGGUUCAAGUGCGUACAGCGUUGGAAAACAUCGACAUUCAUGAAUGGGCCAAACAACAACGGCCCAACUCGAAAUGGAUUGUCAUGGAUAUUACCAACGUUACCUUCUACUUCACCAAACUUCGAGACCAUCCCAUCGGACGUUCUGUGCGUUUACCCAAAUACGUGUUGGAGAAUCCUGCCAUUGUGUCGCUCGACUGUGAUAGUAAUACCAGUUUACCAUACGAGGAUAAACUUUGUUUCUUUCGUUGUUUGGCUAUGCACAAAGGUUGCCACCCCAAAAAUUUAGAACGUGAUACUCAUCAUUUUUAUGAACAAUAUUCGGAAGAUGAUGAUUUUGAUGGUGUUACCCUAGAGGAACUACCGGAACUGGAAAAGUUGUUCGAGUUGAACAUUUACGUGUAUCGCCUUACAGAGCUACAUGACGAAGACGAAGACAAGACCUCCAUUGUGGCUCAACUGAUACAGCGCUCCCACCGUAGAUAUACCAAUUCGAUGUAUCUGAACCUCUACGGUAGUCACUUCAGCUACAUUAAGAAUUUGGCCAUGUAUUCCAAGUCCUAUUGUUGUUGCAAAUGUGACAAAAUGUGGAAGACAGCGAGAGCCUUAAACCGACACGAGCGAACAUGCGAAGCAACUAUACGUCAUGUUUUCCCUGGCGGUACCUACAAAGUUCCACAAACCAUCUUCGAUUUGUUGGCCGAUGAAGGAAUCGAAAUCCCUGAAGACCUCAAGUACUUUCCUUACCGUGCCACCUUUGACUUUGAAUGUUAUUUCAAACGUGAAACCGAACAUCCACGAAAUACAGCAAAGUUAACGUGGGAAGCCGAACAUAUCCCAUUGAGUGUCUCUGUAUGUUCGAACGUCCCUGGUUAUGAUCAACCCAAAUGCUUCGUCUCGUCUGGCAGUACAAGUGAAAUGAUCCAACACUUCGCGGAAUAUUUGGUUGAGGUCAGCCAAGAAAGCUAUGGAUUGUUGCUGGACCAGUUCUCCGACGUUUUUCGUCAUAUUGAUGAACGAGUUAAUGAGGUAUAAUUCACACGUAUUAGAUUCUUAGUGUAUUUCUUAUCCUUAAUAUUUUUUCUUAUGUCUUUAGGUGGGGGAAAACGAGGUUAUGGAAGUUGCCGCGGGGGAGGAUAAUGAGGUAAAUUAUAGGAAUGUUAUUUUUGCACUUAUACUCUUUAUAUUCUAAUAUAUCUUAUGUUUUAGCAAAAUACAGAGGAACAGAUGAUAGAGGAAAUGGUGGGAUGUUUGAUGGGGUUGAAUAGUGAGGUAAGUAACAUAAGGUUUGAGCUCAACAGUGGUCUUUCCUGUGCUUACCAUAUGUGUACCUUUUUAGGCGAGUGAAGAUGUGUGUGGGGUAGAUGAAGACGAAGUGGAUAAAGCUAAAGACGUUGAAGAGAAAGUGAGUAUCACACUCAUGAUCCAUUUUAGCGGUUAUAUAGAUUAGUAGGGAUGUGUAAGUAUCUUGCAUUUUACUUAUGACACCUUUUCAUUUAUUUAGGAUGUGGUCCAUCCUCUGCUCAAACUCCAAGAUAAGUUGUCAGAAUACUUACAAGAGUUACCAAUUCUUGGAUUCAACUCUGGUAAAUAUGAUAUUAACGCUGCGAAAAACCCUUCUUUUCACAUCUCGUCAAACACGAACAAGUUAAGUUUGUGA